AUGUACCAUAUAGCACAGCAUUAUAGCACAACACAUAAACAACAAACAUCACAUGGACUCACACACACAAACACACAAGCCGACAUAGAUAUACACUUUCAAUUCAUCAAUAGAUACAGUGAUGCAGAUGCUCUUCAUCCUUUACUUAAGUUUCCAACAAAAAAAUUACAGAAACGCGCUAUGCCCCGUCUUAAAUUUGAUGCAUCGAUUCCGGAGGAAUACUACUCAGAAUAUUGGAAGAAUAUUGGGCAAAAUAUACUAACACAGCAAUUAGAGAGCAAGACCCUACUCAAUACAAAUGUGGCAAAAAAUGUAAUCAUGUUUUUGGGGGACGGUAUGUCCAUACCAACCAUAACAGCAGCACGAGUAUAUAUUGGUGGGGAGGAAAAACAAUUCUCAUUUGAGAAAUUCCCAUACAUAGGUUUAAGUAAGACAUAUUGUGCAAAUACCCAAGUUGCAGACUCGGCUUGCACUGCCACAGCUUAUUUAGGUGGUGUAAAAGCGAACUAUGCUACAAUUGGAGUAAAUGCAGCAGUGGAACUUAGUGAUUGCAUAGCACAGAAUAAUACUUAUCAUCAUAUAAGUUCAAUAGCUGAGUGGGCACAGGAGCAAGGCUUAGCAACUGGUUUAAUAACUACUACUGCCGUUACACAUGCUUCUCCAGCUGGUCUUUAUGCGCACAUUGCAAACCGUAAUUGGGAAAAUGAUGCUGAAGUACUAAAAGAUAAUGGUGAUCCUGACCUUUGCCCAGAUAUUGCAACGCAACUAAUCCAUGGUAAAGUUGGUAAAAAAUUUAAAGUUAUUUUAGGCGGUGGACGCGUUCAUUUUUUACCUCAUACGGAAAACGAUUUAAACGGAGAACCAGGAAGGCGUUUGGAUAAUAAAAAUUUGAUAAAAGAAUGGCAGCAAGAACAUGGUUCUCAUGCGUAUUACGUCCAAACGAAAGAGGAACUGUUGCAUCUACCACAUAAUACAGAUCAUUUAUUGGGACUUUUUGCCGGUAAUCAUAUGCCUUUUCAUUUAGAUGCAAACAAAACUAUAAUUCCGGAUCUUAAUGAACUUGUAAAUGUUGCUCUGAAUAUCUUAGAACGACUAAGUAACGAUAAAGGGUAUUUGUUGUUCGUUGAGGGUGGACGCAUUGAUCAUGCACAUCAUAAAACCUUAGCUAUGAAAGCGCUUGAUGAAACAGCAGAAUUUGCAAAAGCUAUAGAUUACGCUCGUGAACACACCAGUAUUGAUGACACACUCAUUGUGGUUACUUCAGAUCAUUCGCACACAAUGUCAGUGGCUGGUUACUCUAGUCGAAAAAAUGAUAUAUUCGGUAUAAAUAAUGGCCAAUUAGCAGCUGACAAACUGCCUUAUGCUACAUUGAGUUAUGCCAAUGGUCCUGGUUUUAAUUAUAAUUAUUUACAACAAAAUGGUGUGAUGAAAAGAAAAAACUUGGUUGAAGUAGAAAUGAAUCAUAAAGAGUAUAUGUUCCCCACUGCUAUACCACUGGCAUCAGAGACUCAUGGCGGUGAUGAUGUAGCAGUAUUUGCAAGUGGACCUUUUGCUCACUUAUUUAGCGGUACUUAUGAACAAAAUUAUAUACCUUACGCUAUGGGUUAUGCAUCUUGCAUUGGUUCAAACCAGAAAACUGCAUGCAACGCUGUUCAAUUAAGUCGGAAAAAAUAG